AGGAGCUGAGGGCCGUGCAGCAGCAGGCUGCCCUCCAGAGGGGAAGCCGAGGGUCUGGGACGGGACCGGGGAGGAGCUGGAGCGGGAGGAAGGGUGGUUCCUGGCACAGUUUCCCUGUUUGAGUGACUCAGACAGGAACCUCCCAAGCUUCGUGCGGCCCUGGGAAAGGCAAGCAGCCCGGGCGAGAACCACCCGCGGAGGCAGCGGCAGCGGCAGCACCCUCUCGUCGUUGCGUCGGGGGGUGAAGCCGAAGGGAGUGAUGACAGUGCCUCAGCCCCAUCGAGCAUACACUUUCUUCUGAACAUUUCCUACAUGUGGUGAUACAUGAGCCAGGAAGUGAAUCACAAUGACUGCUCAAGUUACCUUGGAGGAUGCUUUGUCCAAUGUAGAUCUUUUGGAAGAACUACCACUGCCAGAUCAACAACCAUGUAUCGAACCCCCUCCCUCGUCCUUGCUUUAUCAGCCAAACUUCAAUACCAAUUUUGAAGACAGGAAUGCAUUUGUCACAGGCAUUGCAAGAUACAUUGAACAAGCAACUGUUCAUUCUAGUAUGAAUGAAAUGUUGGAAGAAGGCCAAGAGUAUGCUAUUAUGCUGUACACAUGGAGAAGCUGCUCAAGAGCCAUUCCUCAGGUAAAGUGUAAUGAACAACCAAACAGAGUCGAAAUUUAUGAAAAAACCGUUGAGGUUUUGGAGCCAGAAGUCACAAAGCUGAUGAAUUUUAUGUAUUUUCAGAGGAAUGCUAUUGAAAGAUUCUGUGGGGAGGUGAAGCGUCUGUGUCAUGCAGAGAGGAGGAAGGACUUUGUCUCUGAAGCCUAUCUGAUCACUCUUGGAAAAUUUAUCAACAUGUUUGCUGUUUUAGAUGAACUGAAAAAUAUGAAGUGCAGUGUGAAGAAUGAUCAUUCAGCUUACAAGCGGGCUGCCCAGUUUCUACGUAAAAUGGCUGAUCCUCAGUCUAUCCAAGAAUCCCAGAACCUCUCCAUGUUUCUUGCCAAUCACAACAAGAUUACACAAUCUUUGCAGCAACAGCUUGAAGUGAUUCCUGGCUACGAAGAGCUGCUUGCAGAUAUUGUGAACUUAUGCGUAGAUUACUAUGAAAACAAAAUGUACCUAACACCUAGUGAGAAGCACAUGCUCCUAAAAGUAAUGGGCUUUGGCUUGUACCUGAUGGAUGGAAGUGUCAGUAACAUCUAUAAAUUGGAUGCCAAGAAAAGAAUAAAUUUGACCAAGAUUGACAAGUUUUUUAAGCAGCUGCAAGUAGUUCCACUGUUUGGUGACAUGCAGAUUGAACUUGCAAGGUACAUUAAGACAAGUGCCCACUAUGAAGAAAAUAAAUCUAGAUGGACAUGCACUUCUUCCAGCAGUAGUCCCCAGUACAACAUCUGCGAACAGAUGAUUCAGAUCAGAGACGACCACAUGCGUUUCAUUUCAGAACUGGCUCGUUACAGCAAUAGUGAGGUAGUGACUGGAUCAGGCCGCCAGGAAGUUCAGAAAACAGAUUCAGAGUAUCGAAAACUCUUUGAUCUUUCUCUUCAAGGUCUACAGCUUCUGUCUCAGUGGAGCGCACACGUUAUGGAAGUGUAUUCAUGGAAACUGGUGCACCCAACUGACAAAUACUCUAACAAAGACUGCCCAGAUAAUGCAGAGGAGUAUGAAAGAGCAACACGAUACAAUUAUACCAGUGAAGAAAAGUUUGCUCUCGUUGAGGUUAUUGCAAUGAUCAAAGGACUGCAGGUAUUGAUGGGCAGGAUGGAAAGUGUCUUCAAUCAUGCUAUUCGACAUACCAUCUAUGCUGCUCUCCAGGACUUUGCCCAAGUCACGCUUAGAGAACCAUUGAGACAGGCUAUCAAAAAGAAGAAGAAUGUCAUCCAAAGUGUUCUCCAGGCCAUCAGAAAGACUGUGUGUGAUUGGGAAGGUGGGCGUGAGCCAUUUAAUGACCCUGCAUUGAGGGGGGAGAAGGAUCCGAAAAGUGGUUUUGACGUCAAAGUCCCGAGGCGAGCAGUGGGACCCUCUAGUACCCAGCUUUACAUGGUGAGAACCAUGUUAGAGUCCCUCAUUGCUGACAAAAGUGGUUCCAAGAAAACCUUGAGAAGUAGCCUUGAGGGGCCCACCAUAUUGGACAUAGAAAAAUUCCACCGAGAGUCUUUCUUCUACACUCACUUGAUAAAUUUCAGUGAAACCCUGCAGCAGUGCUGUGACUUGUCCCAGCUAUGGUUCAGAGAGUUCUUUUUGGAAUUGACAAUGGGCAGAAGAAUCCAGUUCCCCAUUGAGAUGUCUAUGCCUUGGAUUCUGACUGAUCACAUUUUGGAGACCAAGGAAGCAUCAAUGAUGGAGUAUGUACUAUAUUCUUUGGACCUUUACAACGAUAGUGCUCACUAUGCACUUACCAAGUUCAAGAAGCAGUUCCUUUAUGAUGAAAUUGAGGCAGAGGUCAACUUGUGCUUUGACCAGUUUGUCUACAAACUGGCAGAUCAGAUAUUUGCAUACUACAAGGUUAUGGCAGGAAGCCUACUUCUGGAUAAAAGAUUAAGAUCUGAGUGCAAGAAUCAGGGCGCGACAAUUCCAUUGUUAGCAUCCAACCGGUAUGAGACACUGCUGAAGCAGAGGCAUGUCCAGCUUCUUGGUCGGUCAAUAGAUCUGAACCGCCUGAUCACGCAAAGAAUUUCAGCUGCCAUGUACAAAUCAAUGGAGUUGUCGAUUGGCCGCUUUGAGAGUGAAGAUUUGACCUCCAUUGUGGAGUUAGAUGGAUUGGUAGAAAUAAACAAGAUGACACACAAACUCCUGAGCAGAUAUAUGACUUUGGACAGUUUUGAUGCCAUGUUCAGAGAAGCCAACCAUAACGUAUCAGCUCCCUAUGGAAGGAUCACACUUCAUGUCUUCUGGGAGCUCAACUAUGACUUCCUUCCAAAUUACUGUUACAAUGGGUCCACUAACAGGUUUGUUCGAACAGUACUGCCCUUUUCCCAGGAAUUCCAGAGAGAUAAGCAGCCUAAUGCACAGCCCCAGUAUCUUCAUGGAUCAAAGGCUUUGAAUCUAGCAUACUCGAGCAUUUAUAGCAAUUACAGGAACUUUGUUGGUCCACCUCAUUUCAAAGUUAUCUGCAGACUUCUGGGAUAUCAAGGUAUUGCUGUGGUAAUGGAAGAACUGCUGAAAGUUGUCAAGAGUCUGUUACAAGGCACAAUCCUGCAAUAUGUGAAGACCUUAAUGGAAGUGAUGCCAAAAAUCUGUAGAUUGCCCAGACACGAGUAUGGGUCCCCAGGUAUUCUGGAAUUCUUUCACCAUCAGCUGAAGGAUAUUGUUGAGUAUGCAGAAUUGAAAACUGUGUGUUUCCAAAACUUGCGAGAAGUGGGGAAUGCUAUUCUCUUCUGCCUCCUCAUUGAGCAAAGCCUGUCCCUCGAGGAAGUGUGUGAUCUGUUGCAUGCGGCACCAUUCCAGAAUAUUUUGCCAAGAGUUCAUGUCAAAGAGGGUGAAAGACUUGAUGCUAAAAUGAAGAGACUAGAAUCAAAGUAUGCUCCACUCCACCUUGUUCCACUGAUAGAAAGACUAGGAACACCUCAGCAAAUUGCCAUAGCAAGAGAAGGAGAUUUGUUGACCAAGGAACGCCUCUGCUGUGGCCUAUCCAUGUUUGAAGUCAUCUUGACCAGAAUCCGGACCUUUCUUGAUGAUCCAAUCUGGCGUGGCCCUCUUCCCAGCAAUGGUGUGAUGCACGUGGACGAAUGUGUGGAAUUUCACCGCCUGUGGAGUGCAAUGCAGUUUGUGUACUGUAUACCUGUAGGAGCACAUGAAUUCACUGUGGAGCAGUGUUUUGGAGAUGGACUGCACUGGGCUGGCUGUAUGAUUAUCGUGCUUCUGGGGCAGCAGCGUCGGUUUGAUGUCCUGGAUUUCUGCUACCACUUACUGAAAGUACAGAAGCAUGAUGGCAAAGAUGAGGUCAUAAAGAACGUGCCUUUGAAGAAAAUGGUUGAGAGAAUCCGCAAGUUCCAGAUCCUGAAUGAUGAGAUCAUUACUAUAUUGGACAAGUAUUUAAAGUCUGGUGACGGAGAAGGCACCCCAGUGGAGCAUGUCCGCUGCUUCCAGCCUCCCAUUCAUCAGUCCUUGGCUAGCAACUAGAACAGAUCCACCGCCUUGUUCUCCUUUUGGCAACAGGACACAGUGUUUCCAGUAUUGCCUAAGCCUUCUGAAAGGAGCAGGUCUUGUUUCAAAACACAAUAACUGUACACGGGUUUUUAAAGAAAACUUUUUAUAUACUUUUGAUAAGAGGCUUUAGAAUGCAACCUGUUUUUAGUCUUAAAACCCUUUGAAUAUCUCUAGCUGUUGUAAUCAUUUUGGAAUAGUUUGGUGUAUAUUGGGUUUGUCUUCACUUGUUCAACUAUUAGUAAGAAUGAAAAAUUAACAUUUGUAGAGGUGUAUUUUGUAACUUACAUUAAUUAAUAAUUAAGCUACUCACCUAACCUCUAAGGAAACGCUUUUCUUUUUUGCAACUCUAUGAAUAUUUUUAUUCACUGAAAUAUUUUCUCUAGGAACAUCUGUGGCCCCAAUUGUAAUUAUCUUUGGAAAUAAAGGUUUUAAGGGGAUUUUUUUCAAACAAACAAACAAGACUAUAAGAUGGAAGUAAUAGUUUAUUUUAAAUGUGUCAAAUUGGAGGCCAGUUUUGUAGCACCAGUUCAUACAUUUAACAACUUAGUGGCUUCUGCUGGUGCUUUUUAAAGCUUCUAAUACAAAAUGGAGAGAUUUAAAGCCUGUUUUCUAUAUUACAUUGGAAGGAGAGUGAGCACACUUUGGAUACUUAAAUUAGAAUUAUACCCUUUUCCAAGUUUUGUUCAUGCUCAGAAAAGGACUGUGUACUCCACUACAUCUAGCUCUUUCUGUUGCUAAGCCUGUGAAUAUUUAUGAUUUUACUUUUAUGAAUCAUGGUUCAGUUGCUUAAACACUCCUGAAACUAAACUCUGAAUUAAAAACAUAUUAAAUACAA